AAUCAACUCUGCGGUCGAGCGACGCUGUGUCUCUUGAGGGCUGGCUUUGGACCGGAGCGACUUUGUGGCCUCAGGGGAGCGACAUGGGAGUGAAGUUGGAGGUGUUUCGGAUGACGCUCUACCUCACCUUCCCCGUGGCCAUGUUCUGGAUUGCCAACCAGGCCGAGUGGUUCGAAGGCUCCGUCAUACAGCGGAAGAGGGAGCUGUGGCCGCCUGAGAAGGAGGACCAGCGCCAAGAACUAGAAGAAUUCAAAGCGAGGAUACGGAAGCAGCGGGAGGAGAAGCUCCUUCGCGCUGCCCAGCAGAGCGCCUGAAACCCCCAAGUGCCCGCGUGCCACCCCUGAAACAACACACACUCAGUUCUUUCUCCUGCAA